AUGGUACGAUCACCGUGUUGUGAUCAAGACAAAGGCGUGAAGAAAGGACCGUGGAUGCCCGAAGAAGAUGACAAGCUCAUAGCUUAUAUAGACAAGAACGGUUAUGGGAAUUGGCGGUCGCUUCCUAACCUCGCCGGACUUAACCGCUGUGGAAAGAGCUGCCGGCUACGGUGGAUGAAUUAUCUCCGGCCUGAUAUCCGGCGAGGCGAGUUCACCGAUGAAGAAGAGAGUACUAUCGUUAGACUACAUGCUCUUCUUGGCAACAAAUGGUCGAAGAUUGCAAGUCAUCUUCCCGGAAGAACAGAUAACGAAAUCAAAAACUAUUGGAACACUCAUAUGAGGAAGAAAAUGUUGCAAAUGGGAAUUGAUCCAACCACACACAAGCCAAGAACCAACAAUCUUGGCCCUAUUCUCGACGUUUCUCAAAUGCUCGAGGCGGCUAUUGGCAACAGCCGAUUUGGAAACAACCACACUACUUUGGAAGAUCUUCUUAAACUUCAGUUGAUCUAUAAAAUGUUUCAAAUGAUAACCCCCAAAGCCAUAACACAAAUCAAUAGCUUCAGUAUCAACUCACUGAAUACUAAACCGGAUCCGGUAAUCAAUAAUAUCAAAACCAAUCCAGUGAGUCCUAAACCGGAUCCGGCGGAGGUUGGACAAUCGAAUGCUAUUGAUCCACAUUUUGUAAUAAACAAAAUUGAAAAUAAAGAUUCCAUGCCUUCUUUUGAGGAUGCUUGGGAUUGUUUUGAAGAUAACCAGCUUCCUGGUUUGGUUAGGGUUUCUCAGGAAAAUCUGAAAUCUUCAAAACCGGGUACUAGUAAUACCAAUGAGGUAAAUGAUCAAACCGGAGCAGGUAUGAUGCAAGAUUAUUAUGGUGAUCAGUUAGGUGAAAUCCCAUCUACUGGUUCGAUAUCGGUUACUCCUGAGACAUCCGGGUUGACCUAUCACGGUAUGACUCAACACUCAUCCGGUUCAGAUGUCCUAGAAGACUGGGAGAAGUUUGUUGGUGAUGAAACAACUGACUCUUGCUGGAAAAGUUUCUUAGAUUUAACGUAUUCUACGUCGUCGCCCAGCCCGCCGUGGUAGAACUGGAUUUGGUUCAAGACGUAUACUCAUCAUAGUUAAGAUUCAUACAAAAAAAAAGAAAAACGUUUGAAAAUAUUCUUAAUUCUUUUUGUCACAAAAUUAUUGAUUUAUAUGCUUGUAUUCAUUUUCUUGUGAAUGAAUGUUUGAAUUGGAUUUCUUCUAUUUGGUUUGUUGGUUUGUUGUGUAACAGAAGUAAGAAACACAUAGUGA